GUAAACAAGAUGGCGGACACAUGCGACAGGUACUUCGAUUGGAAGUGAAAUAUGGGACAAACUGUGAAAAAUAAGCCUUGAUGAAGGAUAUAGAUCAGUCUAAUUGAACGAUUUAUCUUCAAUUGAUGGGAGGAGAUGCAAUUGGAAACAUGGCAGCAGAUCGGAGCAAAUUCUUUUUCUAUGACCAGGCAGACAAGCAAGCCCCGGGGAAACGUUACCGGAAGAUGCCCGAGGAUCUGCCAGAAAGUCUCAAAUAUGCCCGCCUUAACCCUAAGGUGGCAGCAUAUUUAGCAAGUAAGGAGCGCGAGGCACAAAAACAGGCAGAACAAGAUCCAUUUGGUGAUGGAUUGGGCAAGAAAAGCUUACUACCCCAUAUAAACUCUGCUGUGACACACAUCAAAAACAGACUAGACAGCGCAUUGUCAAACGACGAGGGAUCUCAGAAAUUUUUGUUCGAGGAUACAAAGGCUUCCUCAACAAACAUUCUACAACAAUUAUCUAGGUAUUUGUAUUUUUAUGAUGAUAUAUCUAGUCAUAUUCCAAGAGGUCUAGAAUAUCAGUUAAUGGCACAAUGGAAAGAUUUGACCAAUGAUGUGAUUUUUAUCCCACGUGAAUGGCAGACAGCAGAAGGGAGGGAGCAGUACUUGGCAUCGUUGAGGGAGGUCCAGAGUGACGAGGAUAGUGUGGAGCUAGGGACAGAUGUUCCAAUCAAAGUAACCGGGCGUAGUAGUGUAGAUAAAUUGGAUGGAAAAUCAAAAUCCAAACGCUGUCCUACUAAUAAUAAAGCUGUAAUUCCUGAAAUAGUAAAAGAUGAAAUUGAAGGUGGUGAGAAACAACAACCUGUCAAGAGGAGUGAUAGCCGCAUGUCAAACAUGUCUGUAUCACAAAACAGAAAUAGACUGGAAUCCAAGACAGGCCGUGCAUCCAGAGACCAGCUACGCUCAACCUCAAGGUUACAAUCUGCAUCAAGCUCACGGAAACACCCUGAACAUGAUGAUUUGUUUUUCAACAUUGCAGAAACACCGUCGGAUCCCAGAUUAUUGUCAUACCUGCAAAGGUGGAGCUCUUCGGCAAAAAGAGCUGCUACAGGAACAAACCAACCUGUUCCUUAUGGUACCACCAUUUCAGUGUCCAUGGUGUCCUGUGAAACCAAAGGUUGGAUUGUAAAUAAAGGACGCCAAGAUGAAAUAGAUAAAAAUACCAUCCUUGAAUAUUGUAUACAGAUGUUACAGGAGAGUAUGAGAGCUACAAAGGAUCAUCGUAUGAGGGAUAUAGAGAAUGGCUACGAUAGAGAGGUCCAGGUACGAUACUACGGGGAUGCUAAGAAGGAGGCUAUGUUAAAGUAUAGGAGGUCACCACUGAAGACAACAGUAAAACCCAUCUACAAGGGAGGUAAACCACGGAUACCCCCGGUAUUCGACGAGCGACAUGAAGGAAAAGACUUGUUGCAGGCAACACAUCAGGAUGGAUCUAGUGUUGUGUACUAUCCGUCUGGCUAUAAGGCUGUAGUUUACACAGCUGCUGGGUUUGGACGACCAGGACACUAUCUUUUGGCCUAUGAUGAUGGACCUGAGUCUAAAAUGCUGGCAUGUUUUACUCCAAGUGGCAAAGGUGUCUGCUAUGGGGCAAAUGGAGUCAUUCGAGUGCUGGUGACAGAGAAGGGUGGCCAUGAGGCUUUGGACGAUGGAUCUGUAAUCAGAAAGUGGAAGUGGCCGACUACUGCGAUGAAAACAUUCGCUCCAGUCACAUUCCAGAUGAACGGUUCCCUGUUGUUUAGGUGUUCUGGUCAACAAGUGAUGUCCCUGAUAUUUAAUUGCAAUAAGGAGGUAGCACGAUUUUCUCUCACUGCUACGCCAGGGGCUGUAGAGUCCAGACCCGGUGACGAAAAUGAACAACUGUUGACAGCAUCGUUUCCCUUUUCAUCUCGAGCUGCUAAAGAUUUAAUGAGAUUGUUUGCACCAAAACCCAGCAAGAAAAGUAAAAAUCAAAAGAAAAAGCACCAUGGUCGCAGUCAUCAUCCAGAGAUCCAGAAACUGCUUGAAUUUUCAUUCCAAUAUGAUGCUGAAAAUGACAAGGACCUGGCCAAAUUACAAAGGAAAGCUAAGGGUUUGGUGGAGGAGUGGAUGGAACACUAUCGUCUGGCGGUUGGUCUGACCUCUCCCUACCUCAGCUCCAUGAGUGAAUACCCUGAGUACACUACAAGAAAGAGGACUAUCAAGUCGGCACAGCUGUCAGAUAUCGGGCAGCUGAGUCGCCGCUCGGAUAUAGAACUGGUCAGUCCAAACCACAACCGGGUUCCAUCGGCACCACUAGUGAAAGCAAGAAGUAGGUCAGCCAAGAGUCUAGAUGAGGAAUUUGAGGUGAUGGAGUCUCGGAAGAAGAGUGCAGCACCUUCCAAUGUCAAGUUUGAGGAUGAUGCUACAGAUGCUGGGGGCGAUGUUUCCCCAACAGCUAUUGCUAUGUUUGAAAGAUUAGCACAUUCUGCAGGUAAACAUUCAUCGAGAGGUACAAGGACCCCUAUAUCCAGUGCACCCCUGUCCCGCCAAUACACAAUUGCAACUACUAAUCCAAAUGCUGAGUUGAUGUCACUAAUGAAGAGCCCAUGUCCUGUGGCUAUUCGACAGGCCAUGUUAGGGCUGGAGAGACCUAUAUGUCGCUGUAGUCGUCACGUUGUACCACAGAUCAUGGACUUGGAGUACGACACAUUUAUCCAGACAGAGGUGCCAGACGGUCAGAUUGUAGUCAUUGAAGUAAUCUCCUCAAUAUUUCCAUACUCCACUGCGGGAGAGAAAAUGGUGGAGGAGAUCUACACGAGUUGUAAUAGGAACCGUACCAAGCCAUGUGUUCAAUGUAGGGGAGACUUGUUCAGGCUUCUGCAGUACGACAUCACAACUGCUGCUGAGGGAUCUGACCACACCCAGCCCCUCCUCCUCACCCGGCACAAUGUAGUCCCCGGCAUGUUUCUGAUGUACCUCAAUGGAAAACUUCUAUUCUGUGAUCACAUUUUCAAUGGUUAUGGAAAUGCAAGGAAAGACUUCCGAAAACAGAUUAUGAAGUCAAGGGUUCAAGCAAUGCAAGGUUACUCUCUACCAAGGGAUUUUAGAUUCAGUCCAUCUCGGGGCCAUAGCGGCAUGCGUUCAGCAUGGGGUGGAGAAAUAGGUGGUGCUGGUGUGGAUAAGUUUGGUCAUCCGGGAACAGGAACCUCAUUGGACAGUGCAUUGGUGCCAAUCAAACGACCAGGCUCCUCUUCCGAUAAUGGCAAAGACAUGAUCGACCAAGUGAAGGAGAUUUAUGUUCGUCUCGGACCUUUGCUUAACAUGCAACAGCAAACCACGAAGAAGAGAUCUCGCUUGCACAGUCAUCGACCAUAUGUUCCCAAUCUUACGACAUUCCAGAAAACUGGAGUCCACUAGAGUAAUAACAAUGAGUUUGUCUCCGGGAGGAUUCCGGCACAUCGAUGUAAGACGUCAUCUGUCAGCUCCAGGAAGGAGAAUGCAGGGGACAGUUACGUGACCGUUGUAGGACAUACCUCAGCUUGACACAGCAACAUCCUGUAGGAUCACACCCAUCUCAUCAUAUAAAAUGAACGAGGCAAAUGAAUGAUGUCUCGUUUAUUUCAAUAUUUAUUGACCCGCCGACUGUGAUAACCUACCAUUAUACAUAUUUACAUAUGGAAAUAUGGUAAUUCCUAUUAGCUAGUGGAGUUCUAUGUCUGAUGUCUCAGACAUGUGGACUACCUAAGUAUAGACAAGUGCCAACGAUAGUGAAGACAUAUUUCUUGACUUCAUCAGAUGAGUGCCUAUUGUUUUAAGAAAAUCCAUUGUACUGCAUGUAUGUUGUUUUUCAGAAAAGUUAGAAUUUUUUCACUGCUUGUGGAAAUUCUUCGAUGAUUGUGGCCUAAAAUUACAAAAAAAACUUCGAAUACAUGAAGAUAUUAUUGUUUUGGGGUAUAUUUUAUUUCUUAUUUUUUCUUUAAUUCUGUUAAAAUCUGGUUUGAAAUUAAUUUGAUACCCGUGUAAUUUUGUCUAAUUGUAAUUAAUAACCAUUUCAUCAAAUAAAAAUCAAUGUCAGGCCACUUACCAAAAGUUGAUAUUCUUAUGUUGGUUGUUUAUGAGAACGGGCUAACCUCUGAACAAAGGGUGAGAUUGGAAUACUGUAUACAAUCAACUUAAACACAUUGGAUCUGCGAUAUUUACAAAAAAACAUGGUAUGUUUUAAUUGAUACAAUAUAAUGUGAUUUUUCUAUGUGAGAAAUCAGUAGGUCAUUAUUAUUGGUAUGAUAUUAAUCAGUUGGCAGAAAACAAUUGUCAAUAUCUAUUUAAUAACAAUUAUGUCAGUGAAAACAAAACAAUGUAUGGUAGUUUUUAAUCCAAUUAUUCCACUUAACAAUUGUCUAAUAACUGGACAAACAUUUUUCUCAUGAAUAUCGUAGAUCCUGUGAUGUUGAAAUACCAUUCCUGACCUGCAGUUUAAAACUGGUAUGUAAGUACCCAGUCAGUUUUAUAAAUCACCACCUCUAUAGACAAGUGGCAAAAACAGUCCCCUUCUUUUGUUCUUGUAUAUUUUUGAAUUGAUUUAAGUUCCACUCUGGGCAAGAGUCUAAAAGCAGUCAUACAUUGUAAGAUGGUUUGAAAUGAAGUUGUUUUUAAAUUGAAUCUACUGUUAUAGACUCCCCCCAAUGAAACUAUACUAUUUACAUCUGUACCUACAAAUUGUGAUAGAUGAAGAGAGCAUCAUAUGCUGUAGAACUCAUUGCCAUAUAAACUGCCAAUACAUGUAUUUCUUUCUUUGUCAUGUAAUGCAAUAGAUUUGGAUUCUACAGACUAUGUUAUUCCAAUAUAUAAUGAAAUAUACCAAUCUUCUGUUUUAAAUUGUUUUUGAAUACAACUUAAUGGUUGGAAUGGAUUGUGUUUUAUAAGUUAAAACCUCUAUUCAUUAUGCUCAUUUUUAUUGAAAAGUAUUAUAUAACUUGUUUGAAUGUCUGUAAUUCCAGAAAAGUUACUGUGAUAUGAAGAUAGUAGCCUUGUUGAUUGCACUCUUGCAUUGUAGUGUUGUCAGAAUGACCUCUCACCUUUACCUUCAUGACUUUUCCCAAGAAUUGAAGUAGCUGUUGUCUUAUGUAUGUUUAUACAAAAUCACAUCAUUCCACAGUUUUUUCAAAACUAGAUAAAGACAGACAUUUCAGUUUACCCCAGAUAGAUUUUGAAGUGGACAAAUCAAUAGAGGUUUUUUUAAAGAUACUUGUAGAUCUAAGUCAAGUCUUCCAGGAGAGAUCAGAUUGUUAUAGAAAACAAUUUUAAAUUGAAAUGGACAAAGCCAUAACAGUUAGCACAAAAAAUAUUCCAGCAUGCCUUUUCACAACAUUUGAAAGAAAAUAAAGUAUUAGUAGGAUUCUUAGUCAUAAGGUUCAGAUUAGAGGUCAUUAUGUCAGCUGAGAGUGCUAAAGUCCAGAUCAGAGGUCAUGACGUCAGCACUAUAAUUACUCAGUUACUAUAUAUAGCCUGUGCUGAGAGCUGAGAGUCCUAAGGUCCAGAUCAGAGGUCAUUACGUCAGCACUAUAAUUACUCAGUUACUAUAUAUAGCCUGUGCUGAGAGCUGAGAGUCCUUAGGUCCAGAUCAGAGGUCAUUACGUCAGCACUAUAAUUACUCAGUUACUAUAUAUAGCCUGCGCUGAGAGCCGAGUGUCCUAAGGUCCAGAUCAGAGGUCAUUACGUCAGCACUAUAAUUACUCAGUUACUAUAUAUAGCCUGUGCUGAGAGCCGAGUGUCCUAAGGUCCAGAUCAGAGGUCAUUUCCUCAGCACUAUAAUUACUCAGUUACUAUAUAUAGCCUGUGCUGAGAGCCCGAGUGUCCUUAGGUCCAGAUCAGAGGUCAUUACGUCAGCACUAUAAUUACUCAGUUACUAUAUAUAGCCUGUGCUGAGAGCCGAGUGUCCUAAGGUCCAGAUCAGAGGUCAUUUCCUCAGCACUAUAAUUACUCAGUUACUAUAUAUAGCCUGUGCUGAGAGCCGAGUGUCAUUAGGUCCAGAUCAGAGGUCAUUACCUCAGCACUAUAAUUACUCAGUUACUAUAUAUAGCCUGUGCUGAGAGCCGAGUGUCCUUAGGUCCAGAUCAGAGGUCAUUACGUCAGCACUAUAAUUACUCAGUUACUAUAUAUAGCCUGUGCUGUUUUCUCAGCUCACUGUUAAUUUUACCAAAUUGAUGAAGAAAAUGCCAAAUACAUGUUGAUUUUUUAUUUUGCUCUGUACACUAUGUACAUUGUUUUCUCUUUAUUAGAGAUUGUUAUGUCCAUCAUUAUGUUUAUUUUCCCUGUUUGCCACAGUUUUGUUGUUUGUUCUAUAUACACAUUGCAUUGUAUUAUAAUUAAAGUAUUCGCUGUAUCGACUGCAUUUGAUGAUCAAGUUGAAUCCCUUUCUUUAUACAACCUUAAGUCAAAUACAAUUAACAUAAAUUAGAGAAAGUGUUUUGUCUGUAUCUGUGGUAUAUGUAUGAUAUAUAAAUGAAGCCUUGUUAAUUACAGACAGUUUUGUUUACAUGUUAAAUCAGUAUUGUCUUGUGUUGCUACAUCUGUUUACGUACACAAAAUCAAUGUAUGUAUUCACCUGCUUACUUCCUUUCCACACAUGAGUUACAUGUGCAAAGAAUGAAGCUGUCUUAAAUCUCGUACCAUUUAAAAGUAUUCUUGAUCUUACCAGUUUUAUAAAGUAGACUGACUGAAGCUUGAAUGACAAGAAGUCAUACUUGGCAACUUUUGUGGAAGGUUGUGCAGAUUCCAAUUUCUAAGCCUAAGUAGAAAAUUACAUAUAUAGAACAACAUUGACAAACUUAUACAUAAAACUUUAAAAAUUCCAUUAUGCUCUUUAAUUCUGGGGAACUUAUUCAUGUUUGAAAUUAUUGGUAAUAAAAAAUUAAGGUAAAAUAUUGAUUUGUACCUGUGAUGAUAUUUGUAUAAGGUUUAACUGACUGUCAACUUGUAACUGUGGUGAUAUUUGUAUAAGGUUUACCAAGGUAACUGUCUGUCACCCAUGUAACCGUGGUGAUAUUUGUAUCAGGUUAAACUGUCUGUCACCCAUGUAACCAUGGUGAUAUUUGUAUCAGGUUAAACUGUCUGUCACCCUUGUAACCAUGGUGAUAUUUGUAUAAGGUUAAACUGUCUGUCACCCUUGUAACCAUGGUGAUAUUUGUAUAAGGUUAAACUGUCUGUCACCCUUGUAACCAUGGUGAUAUUUGUAUAAGGUUAAACUGUCUGUCACCCUUGUAACCAUGGUGAUAUUUGUAUAAGGUUAAACUGUCUCUCACCCUUGGCCUUUAAAGUGAGGCAAUUGAGAUGAGUUUAAUGGCUCAUAUUUACAGAAUAACAUAUAUGCUGUAUUAGUGAUUAUGUUGACAGAGAUAUACCUCCUGGGAAUUAUUUAUAGAAUCUGUAAGAUUAAUCAUCAGUGAUUCACUGAUACAGUUAAUACAGUGAUUCAUGAUCAUCAUGAUUGUAAAAAAAAAACAAAAAAAAACCUUAAAGUUGUAU